AUGCUUUUUCUUAUUCUAAGUCUCUUUUGCACCUACACUCAUGCACUUACCAAGUUCGAUACAAACUGCACCCUUCCCGUGGAGACAGUGAAUUAUGUUUCCGCCCCGAAUACGCGCGGUAUCCUCACUAUUCUCUGGGCCACACCCGGACGUUCCCCGACCGCGGGAAGACUUCGAGCCUGGGCGCAGGGCAGUGUCGAAUACUGGGGACACAAGUACGGCAGUCAAAUGUCAUGGUUCAUGAUUACGAUUCUGGCGCCCGAGGUGCUUCUCGCAAAAUAUGGGUAUGAUCUUUCGCAAGGGAAGUGUGACCUCGACAUCCUGCAAGAUUUCGCCCGAGAUGACGGAAUAGAGUGGACAACUGCUCAUUCUCUCUUUGCUAACAUGGGAGGCUUUGUGAUGAGGCUGGAUUCGGCAUCACCUGGACGAAGACCAUUCGAAACGCGUCUCGGACGGCCACACGAAAUUCAGGCAAUACUACGUGUAUUGAACACCAAUGAGGAUGGCCUUCCUUGUCCCUCCUCAGCUUCUCGAGGAAGAGCCAGCAUGCAGACCUUAACAUCAUCAUCAUCGAACAUUGAUUCCAGCAAUACGCCUGUGCCCCCUCCGGUCCGGAAUGCUACCGCACAACCGGGUUACCGUUACUCCCUCAAGUCCCGGGACAUCUUGCUGCUUCGGGAAGCGAGGCUCCUCUCUCGACUGCCGAAGAUUACCAAAGAGGAGCUAGAAGACCGAUCGAAAGAAGACUGGAUAUUACGAUCGAUCACGGUCUUGCAGAUUGUGUGGAUGGGCUUCCAGACGUCGGUGCGGCUUCAAGCGAGCCUGGAAGUGACCGAUUUGGAAGUCUCUGCAUUUGCUUUUGCCUUGUGUGCCAUCUGGAUGUCCAGUUUCCCAUUACAAUCAUGGAGUUUACAGGCGGAGAUGAGCAAGUCUUCGAAGCUUAUGGUCUUGGAAGGUCAGCGUCAACGAUGCAUCAGAGCCAACAAAGUCGAUUAUUUGUGA